GUUCAGUAUUGAUACUUCGUCCAGCAGCAUUAUAUUGUUAUCAGCGAACUACUUUUGUACGAAAAAUUGUUUAUGGUUAAAGCAAUGAUCUAUUACUUAAUGUUCUUUUUGGCCGAGAACCAGUGAAGCAAACUGUCGGAGGAAAUGACAAGAUACCACCCUAUGUUAACAUAUGUUACGAGUCACGAUGCAAAUGAAGUCGAAGACAGAUCACCAGCUACAUCGAUGUUAUCAGGAGAUGGUGAAAGUGCUGAUGAUAUAGACUCACCUGAGAUAUUAAAAGAAUUUGAAGAGGAGGCAAUAUUCUCUGAUGAUUUCUAUUCACAUGACACAGAUGACGAAGAAGAUCAGAAAAAAAAGAGAAGUUCUAGUGUUCUUGAUGGACCUCAAUGUGGUUCGGACCAAGUACUAAAUUCUUUUUCAAGUCAAUCAAGCACAGUGGGUGUUAAGAAAUUAUUUACUAAUAGUCGAGAGCGGUGGCGGCAGCAAAAUGUCAGUGGAGCAUUUGCAGAAUUGCGUAAGCUUGUCCCAACUUAUCCACCAGAAAAAAAAUUAUCAAAAAACGAAAUACUCAGAAUGGCGAUCAGAUACAUAAAGCUUUUAACCAAUGUUUUAGAAUGGCAAAAAACACAAGGACACAGCACAACAUUACAAAAACAUGUCGAAAUGAAACAUGAACCCUAUAUAAAUCAUUUUCCAAUCAAAUGUCGAUUAUCAAAAAGUAAAAAAAGCAAAGAUCAACUACUUCAUGAAAACCAAUCAAAUUUAAAUGAACAAUUUUCGAAUACUUCAGUUUCACUUGAAGAUAAGGAAGAAAAUAAUUUCUUCAUCAUUGCUCCGUUAGACGGAUCUAAUGUUACGGUAAAACUUCAAAAUAAAAGAAUUUAUGGCAAUAGUAAUCGUAGCAUAGCCAUAGAUUUUGGUUCUUUCCGCCAAUGUAACGUUCAACCCGGAAUAUCUACUAUUAGUUUCCAUCAGACUUCACGAGUCAUGAAUUCAUCAUCAAAACUCAUCACUAUCAAUUCGUCGACGCAAAAAACAAAUCUAUCAGUAAAUAAUAAUGUAAAGUCUUCUCGUAUUAUUGACAGUACUAAUAAGUUGGAAGGGAUAAAAAAAGAUGUUGAUAGUGGAAUAAAUAAUCCAAAGCAGCAAUUAAAAAAAAAAAAAUAUUAAGGACACAUACAGGGAUAGAGACUCUAAUAAAAACUUAGACAUUCAAACCAUCUAGCAGUGUAAUUAAAUCAACUUAUGAUCAUUAAGUUUUUAUUGUCAAUUAAAAAAAUGUAGGCUUUAUAUUAAAAAAGUGCAUGAUAAGGCAAAAUUACUACAGAAUAAGUGUUAAUGAUCAAUUUAUAGAUCAUACAAUAUAGAAGAACUUUGCUUCAAUUUUUUCGCUUUCUUUUUAAUUUGAAUAUGAAAAAUAGUUUUGUUACUGUAACAGUUUUUCUUCUAGCUUUAACUUUCCAUGCUUUUCGCUAAUUACCCAAUGAUGUGAAGAUAGCUCUAGAAAGAAACGAGCUUUACUCUGUUUAUCUGUGUGUUAUAACUUUAUUUUUAGUCAGGUAAAAAAAGACAUAACAAUAUUCAUUUACGCCGUUUAUUUGUGAGAAAGAGGUACGAAUUACGAUAAAAUGCACAAUAAAAACUAUUCUCAAUUUUUUAAUUAGAGAUAAAUCGAUUCGAUUGUUACAGCAAAUGAAAAUUGAGAUUAAAUGAACAGUAAAUCUUAUCUCAACCUUAUAAUAAUAAUGAUGUAUCCGGUAACAACUAUAAUUGAAUUAAUUACAAAACAAUGUUGAUGAAAGCAAA